AAAAUGGCUGAAAUUUUUCUUAGUGCUUUCAUUGAUGUGCUAUUUGAGAAGUUCGCAUCUGGCGAUCUCUGGAACUUAGCACGUAAGGAGCGGAUUCAUACUCUGCUUCUGAAAUGGAAGAGGAUGUUGGAACAAGUUGAGGUGGUGGUUGCAGAUGCUGAGGAGAAACAAGUCACUGAUCGGGGUGUUAAUUUGUGGCUGGAGGAUCUUGAGGACUUGAGCUAUGAUAUGGAUGACGUACUGGACGAGUUUGCAACUGAAGCUUUGCGACGGAAGGUGAUGGAAGAGCCUCGAGCUAGCACCAGCAAGGUACGUAAACUCAUACCUAAUUGCUGCAAACGUUUCAACCCAAGCACUCUAGUGUCUGAUUUUAGAAUCAGUUCCAAGAUGGAUGAGAUCACUGCAAGGAUGCAAGACCUUUUUGAUCGAAGGAAGGGGCUUGGCUUGAAAAACAUUGCUGCAGGGGGGUCUGGUAAAGCUUCACAAAGACAACCAACAUCAUCUUUGAUAAUUGAACCUGGUUUAUAUGGUAGGGAUAAUGAUAAAAAGGCGAUAAUAGAGUUGCUUUUAAGUGAUCAAUCUGGUAGUAACAAAGUUGGUGUAGUCCCAAUUGUGGGUAUGGGUGGGGUCGGCAAGACCACCCUUGCUCAAAUGGUCUACAACGAUGAGAUGGUGGACAAGCAUUUUGAGAUGAAAGCAUGGGUCUGUGUAUCAGAAGUGUUUGACGUUGUAGGAGUGACAAAAUCAAUUCUGGAGUCUGUCACUUCGAGGACCUACGAUUUUAAAUCCUUGGAUCAAGUUCAAGUUGAGCUAAAAAAGGAUUUGGCUGGGAAAAAGUUUUUGAUGAUGUCUGGAAUGAAGACCACACUGUCUGGAGCAGUUUAA